AUGGUCAAGACUGACUCGCUGAACCCAUCAAUCGACGAAAUACGAGCCAAACUCGAGGCUCGUGACAAGGCCGUCCGCGAGUCAUGGGUCAACGCGAUGGAAGCUCGUCUUGUUGGUGAAGAAUUGGCCAAAUGCAAGAAAGGGGAAGGUGUCAACGCUCACCUGCACUGUAAAUACCUCGCCGACCUUUACCUUGAGCUUCUCAAGAAUGCGCCUGUUAAAGGGUUCAAGCAGAUGGAAUUGCCCAAGAGCAAAUAG